CUGGUCGUCAUGGGCAACAUCUUCGGAAACCUGUUAAAGAGCCUGAUCGGUAAAAAGGAGAUGAGGAUCCUUAUGGUGGGGCUGGACGCCGCUGGGAAAACAACCAUCCUUUACAAGCUGAAGCUUGGGGAGAUCGUCACCACCAUUCCCACAAUUGGGUUUAAUGUUGAGACUGUGGAGUACAAGAACAUCAGCUUUACCGUGUGGGACGUGGGUGGCCAGGACAAAAUUCGUCCCUUGUGGAGGCACUAUUUCCAAAACACUCAGGGCUUGAUCUUUGUGGUGGACAGCAACGACCGCGAGCGUGUGAAUGAAGCUCGAGAGGAACUCAUGAGAAUGCUAGCUGAGGACGAGCUGCGGGACGCUGUUCUUCUGGUCUUUGCCAACAAGCAGGACCUGCCUAACGCCAUGAAUGCUGCGGAGAUCACGGACAAGCUGGGCCUGCACUCCCUACGCCACCGCAACUGGUACAUUCAGGCCACCUGUGCCACAAGUGGUGAUGGCCUCUAUGAGGGUCUGGACUGGCUGGCCAAUCAGCUGAAGAACAAAAAAUGA